CCACACCAACUGUGCUUUUUUAAUAUUAUAACAUAGUAAACAUGUUUAACGUAUGAGUCUGAAGGAUGAGAACUGUCUGUUAUGGGUAGUAAGGAUGACCGUCCACAGUUUACUUUACGGCAAACAAGAGGAGGGUCAGGUUAAACAUUCGCCAUGCAGUUGUGGCACGAGUUACUUCAUACUGAAUAAAUUAACUAUUUGAUUGUGUUCUGGGGGUAAAAAUGACCGAUUGCAAAUGUAACUUGUCCAAAUGAAUUUGAGGUGUACGAACCCCUCAACCUAAAGAUGGAUAAGGAUCCAUCAGGAUCAUCUAGCUCUGGCUCCAGAAGUCCAGGAGGCUUCGGUCUGUUCGGAUCUGCUGACCCGCAGUAUUCAAACACAGAGCUCGCUGGAGUGCCAUUGACAGGCAUGAAUCCAAUCUCUCCAUACCUAAACGUGGACCCCAAGUAUCUCUUACAGGAUACAGAUGAGUUCAUUUUACCCACCGGAGCAAAUAAAACAAGGGGACGCUUCGAGCUGGCCUUUUUUACUAUAGGAGGAUGCUGUAUCACAGGUGCAGUGUUUGGGGCUGUGAAUGGGCUUAGAAUGGGCUUGUCUGACACCAGAAACCUGGCUUGGUCCAAACCUCGCAAUGUGCAAAUCCUGAAUAUGGUGACCCGCCAAGGCGCCACAUGGGCGAACACUUUGGGUUCAGUAGCUCUGCUGUACAGUGCAUUCGGGGUGAUCAUAGAGAAAGCCAGAGGGGCAGAGGAUGACCUCAACACCAUUGUUGCAGGGACCAUGACUGGUGUCCUCUAUAAAUCUCCAGUGACCUUUAUUGGUGUUGGAAGUAUCUUCUUUCCUGGGAUUUAUUUUUAUUUAAGAGGACAAUAGGGAGAACAGACAGAAACCAAAACCCACCAUUUGCCUUAUGGAUCAAAAACAUUGUAAUCUGAUUUGAAGCACAACAAAUAAAUAAUUCAGAAAAAAAGGCAGGUUCAUGUUCUUUAGCAUCUUUGACGAGAGAAUGAAUAAACUCUGCCGAAUAAAUGAAUAUUGCUUGUAUAUAAAUAAUGAUAAAUUCAUGAUUAGUAGAACUGAACUAUAAACACAACAAUUGCUAAAUGUG